CCUAUUAUAAUUUUCCUACUUUCCUAGAAAUUUAAAGCCUAAGCACAAGCAAUCUAACAACUACUAUAUGUAUAUUUAUUCAUGAUAAUUUUUUAUUUCAUUAUUUGGUAUUAACAUAUACUAUUAAAAAUUAAAAUAAAUUAAAUAUUUAAAAUAAAAUUAAUAUAGUGAUGAAGCCUGAACCUGCAAUGGGGAUUCCAGUGGCGGAUCAUCCGCAGCCAAGUGCUCCUCCUGCAAAUAUGAGUAGAGUACCCCAAAAUCAAGUAGUUUUUGCUCAAGAUUUCUCUACUGGUCUUUGUGAUUGUUGUUCUGAUUGUUCUGUUUGUUGCUUGACCCUCUGGUGCCCUUGUAUCACAUUUGGAAGAAUUGCAGAGAUUGUUGACCAAGGUUCAUCCUCAUGUGGAUUGAGUGGGACGUUAUAUUGUGUACUCUUUGCGCUCACGGGUUGUCAAUGGAUAUACUCAUGCACAUAUCGUUCAAAAAUGAAGGCUAUAUUUGGUAUGCGAGGGGAUUGUUGUGGAGAUUGUUGUGUCCAUUGUUGUUUUGAGCAAUGCGCCUUAUGCCAAGAGUAUCGUGAGCUUCAACGUCGUGGUUAUGAUCCCGCCCUUGGAUGGCAUGGUAAUAUAGGGAGGGCAAAUCAGAGUAUGACAACACCUCCAUCGAUGGCAAGUGGCAUGAGGCGAGAAGUUGAACUGGAGUUGAGCAUAGAAUAAGAUUUUGGUGAAGAAUAAACAAGAUUUUAAAGAAAAUUUGUUGUCAUUUUAUCUUAGUGCGAUUCAAAUUUGGUCCUUUUGUGUAAUAUUCUUAGUACGUUUUUAAAUGCACUAUUUCGUAUAAGUUUUUUUUCUCAAGAAUAAUUAAGUGUAUUUGUGUGUUGUAAAACUCCUAGUCUACACAUUUUUCGGUAUACACUCUAUCCCUCUAGAAUAAUAAUAAAGAAAAAUUAAUUAUUU